UGCCAGCUCUUCUCUGAGGAAAUUUGCAUCAUGCAGCAGCGGGAGGCCUCUUGAAGACUGCUUCACUGAGCCAUGGUCUGCUCGGCUGCCCCUGUGCUACUCCCGGCCAUGACUCUCCCUCUGGUGGGAUCACCACUUGUCCGAGAGUCCCAGCCUGGACAGGGUCAGGCUGGAGGGGAAUCAGGGCAGCAAUUGGACCAAGAACGUGGAGCAGGUGAAUCGGUCCUGGUCUCCGUCUAUGUACAGCUGUACUUUUCAAGUGAGCGCCAGCCGGCGGCACUCUCUGGGCCCAUGACUCUCCCCACCGCCUCGGCUUCCUCCGCCCCAGUAACUCUCACUGGCCUCAGCCUCACAGCCGAGUGCGAUGUCACCCACAAGGGGUGUAACUACUGUGCUUGCCUCUCCGGGUACCAGUGGAACACCAGCGUCUGCUCCCAUCACCGGCCCUGCCAAACCCCCGUCAAGCACCGGCCUUGUGGCUGCCUUGUCUUCGGCCCUGCUGAAGCCGGGUACUGCCAGCUGCUGCCACCUGGUGAGGAGGAGCUUAGCUGCCUCAAGGGCCGCAAGUUCCUGCUCCGGGGGUCCUAUCUUUUGCCUCCCGCAGUCCCCGCGGCCCUGAGCCUCAACUCCUGGCUGCAGACGCCUGGCGACACCCUGAACCUGACCCUCCUCACAAGCCAGGAGACCACCAACCUGAACUGGUUCCUGUGGCCCACAGGGAGCCCCAGCCCCAUCCUCCUGCGGGCAGGGUCACGUGUGUCCUUGACCUCCAGCCGGAACCGGGCUGUCCUCAGCAUUGUCAACAUCUCCCAUAAAUGGGCAGGUGAGUACAUAUGCUGCUUUGAGGCCCGGGGAUUCAGGUGGGAGCUGCACCAGAUGGUGAGGGUGCCCCUGCAGGUGACAGAUGUGGCUGGGCUCCCAGACCAGCUCUCCAUCUCCUGUGCCACCUCCCCUGGCUUCCAGCUGAGCUGCUGCAUCCCCAGUGCCCACCUGGGCUACACGGCUUCCUGGAGCCCCAGAGACGGCAAUGAAGCCUGCUUAUUCAACACGCCGGACUCCCAGUGCUUCGUGCUGGCUGUUCAGAGCUGCCCUGCAGCCGACACUACGUGCACUUGUGACCUGCAGAGCCCGGGACUGAGCCCUCUCAGGGUUGCCGUCUCUGUCACCGUCAUCCAGAAUGGAGACAACAGCCCUGAGGACUCUUCGACUAUUGCCUGGAACGUCACCAAGGCUGGCCAUGUGGCACAGGCCCCGUGUCCCGGGAAGAGGAGGGGCAUGGUGAAGAGGCCUUGUAGGCCUGAGGGGGGCUGGGGGCCCAUCCACAGCAGCUGCACGGACACGGGGCUCCUGGCCUUGCUUCUUAGAGCCCGGGUAAAGCUUCUGACCCUGCUGCCCACGUGCCCCCUCCUCCACGACCUACCCCUUCCUCACUCAGGACCCAACUUUAGAGUCCUUUCCCCCAGAGACCCAGCCCGAAGGGUAUUCAGGUUCUCUGAACUGGAGCCCUGGCAGAGCCAGGAAGCAGGUGUGGGCCCCUCAGAGCGGCCAGAGCGCUCAUGGCAGGGAGGGUGCAGGUCCCAAGCCUUAAUCCCAACAAGGGUCUGCCCCACAAAACUUGGUGUCAGUUUCUUCCACGUGGCUUGCUCCCUUCUCUGCUUCUGGCUCCCCUGGGACAGGGCGUGGAUCUGGGGAGAAAGGAGCUGGACUGGGGAGGAGGUGGCCCCUCCUUCUUCAGGGCUCGCCCACGCCCACCCCCCUGCUGUCUUAUCUGCCUCAGCUGCUGAGGGCUGGCCUGUGGACGAGGUACCACAGAUCUCGGCACAGCUGCUGGAGCAGGCAGUGGUGGUGACCCCACCCACCGACUCAUUGGCACUGGUGGCCACCAUGACAAUCCUGGCCAAGGUGGUAGCACAUUCCAGAAUACAGCUCAACGGCAGUGCCCUGGAGGUGAGAUCCUUGAGCCACAUCAGGGCCAGCUGGGUAGUGUGGGCUGGCAAAUCUUCACCUCUGGGCAUUUCUGUCCCUCUGACAUCACCAUGGGCUGUCAGAUGGCAGACUCUUCUAGAGUCCAAGUGUCUGCUCCUCUCGUCCAUUUCUCCUCUUGGAUACCAGUCUCCAAGGCCGCGGAGUGUGGAGGAGGCCUGAUGCUGGGAACACAUGGGAGGUCAGGGAAGGCAGGGAGGGGUGUGGAGACAGGAGUUCAGAGGCCUUCACGCACAUGCAGAUAUGCGGAUAUGACGUGAAUCCCCCCGUGCCCACACACA